AUGAAUGCUUUGUUUGAUGAGAUUAUUGGGUUUUAUGAGUUUAUGAGGACUUUUAUUGUAUUGGAUAACACUGUGUUUUCUAUCGUGUUGAAGGCGUGCAGUGAGUCGAGGAAUUUUAGUGAAGGGAGGAAAUUGCAUGGUUAUAUAAUUAAGGUAGGGAUACCUGAUAGUUUUGUAUUGAUUGGCCUUGUUGAUAUGUAUACUAAGUGCCGUGAUACUGAAACUGCUCGCAAAGUUUUUGAUAGGAUUCUGAAUAGAAACGUAGUUUGUUGGACAUCAAUCAUUGCUGGGUAUGUUCAGAAUGAUUGUGCUCAAGAAGGCACAAUUAGAGAAGCCAGUUUGAUUUUUAAUGAGCUCUCCAUUAUUGAUCUUGUUUCAUGGACUGUCAUGAUCAUUGGUUAUGCCCUGAGUGGCUAUGCAGAAGAUGCACUGCUGUUGUUUACAGACAAGACAUGGCAAGGUGUUAUGCUGAAUUCAGUUACCUUGGCUAGCAUUCUUUCAGCUUGUGCACAAUCACCCAAUCUGAAGUUGGGUGCGUCAGUUCAUAGUCAAGCUAUUAAGCUUGGAUUAGAUGAUGCUAAUGUGACCAAUGCUCUAGUGGACAUGUAUGCAAAGCAUCGUAGAAUAGGAGAUGCAAAUUAUUUAGUUGAGAAUUUUUCAGAUAAGAAUGUGAUCGCGCAGAACUCAAUAAUUAGUGGAUAUUCUCAAAAUGGAUCUGUUUAUGAGGCACUGAAAUU